AUGUCUGUAAAACGUCCCCUUGGAUAUAUUGGAAUGCUGUCAGUGAUUCCUGAAUACAGAGGCAAAGGAAUUGCGAGAGCUUUAACAAUUCGCUCCAUUAACGAGAUGAUCCGUUUGAAAUUUAGUGAAUGCUAUCUCGAAACAGAGGUGGAUAAUAUCGGCGCAUUGAAUUUGUACGAGAGCCUUGGGUUCCGACGCACAGAGUAUCUUCCUCGCUACUAUCAGAACGGAAACUCGGCGUACCGCCUUAUUUUACAACUAGAAAAUGUGUAUUUCCCUACAGUGAGUAGUUAUUGGUAA